CUUUCAUAUUCUCUUUCAGCCCCCAGCCAUUCUUCAUUUCUUCAUCAUCAUUAUCAUCAAACCAUAGUCUCUUUUGACAAACUGAAAAAUGAACUUGGAUGUGGAAGAACAGAUUAGGGCUAACAACAAAAAAGAUUUCGCCAGCGUUUUCGACUCUAACGGUGAAUUAGAUGAAGAUAUCCGCAACAUGAUCCACAACAAACGACGUCGUUUAAUCUUUCAGCUCUCUCUUCUCUUUCAACACGAUGCCCAACAUCUCGCUCGCAGGUUGUUACAAAACCCAGUCGACUAUAUUCAGCCGAUAUCGGACUUUAUAACGGAAAGAACGAGGGGUAUAGACCCCAAGUAUCUGAAAGAAGGGGAAAAAGUGUUGGUUGGAUUUGAUGGACCUUUUGUUUCUAGAAAGGUUACUCCCCGAGACCUUCUCUCCGAAUUUAUCGGUUCCAUGGUCAAAGUUGAAGGCAUUAUUACCAAAUGCUCUCUUGUAAGGCCAAAGGUUGUUAAAAGUGUUCAUUAUUGCCCUUCAACCAAGCAAUUCACAUCUCGUGAGUAUCGAGAUAUUACUUCUAACGUGGGUUUGCCCACAGGUUCCGUGUAUCCAACCAGGGAUGACAAUGGAAAUCUGUUAGUAACUGAGUAUGGACUGUGCCAUUACAAGGAUCACCAAACCCUAUCAAUGCAAGAAGUGCCUGAGAAUUCUGCUCCUGGUCAACUACCAAGAACCGUAGAUAUUAUUGUAGAAGAUGAUUUGGUGGAUUCGUGCAAGCCCGGAGAUCGUGUGGCAAUUGUUGGAGUAUACAAAGCUAUUCCAGGGAAAAGUCAAGGCAGUGUGAAUGGAGUAUUCAGGACUGUGCUUAUAGCAAACAAUGUUUCUCUGCUGAAUAAAGAGGCAAAUGCUCCAGUUUAUAGUUCCGAGGACAUAAAAAAAAUUAAGCAGAUAGCUGAAAGAGAAGAUACAUUUGACCUGCUUUCCAGGUCACUCGCACCUUCUAUUUAUGGGCAUUCAUGGAUUAAGAAAGCAGUUAUCUUACUGAUGCUUGGAGGAUCAGAAAAGAAUUUGAAAAACGGGACUCACUUGAGAGGAGACAUUAACAUGAUGAUGGUUGGAGAUCCUUCUGUUGCCAAGUCACAGCUUCUUAGAGCUAUUAUGAACAUCGCUCCUUUGGCAAUAUCAACCACGGGUCGUGGUUCUUCUGGAGUGGGAUUGACGGCUGCAGUUACCACUGAUCAAGAAACAGGAGAAAGAAGGUUGGAAGCUGGUGCAAUGGUUCUUGCAGACAGGGGUGUGAUCUGUAUUGAUGAGUUUGACAAGAUGAACGAUCAAGAUCGUGUAGCAAUACAUGAAGUUAUGGAGCAACAGACUGUAACUAUUGCAAAAGCUGGUAUCCAUGCAUCGUUGAAUGCGCGUUGCAGUGUUGUAGCAGCUGCUAAUCCUAUCUAUGGAACGUAUGAUCGUUCAAUUACUCCAACAAAAAAUAUUGGACUUCCUGAUUCCUUGCUGUCUCGAUUUGAUCUGCUGUUUAUUGUGUUGGACCAAAUGGAUCCUGUUAUAGAUCGAAGCAUCUCUGAUCAUGUUUUGCGCAUGCAUCGAUUUCGCUCUGCUACUGAUGGAGGUGAGGAUUCAAUGUCAAUGUAUGGAAGGGAGGAUGAAACUGAUGCAGAUGCUUCAGUUUUUGUUGAGUACAACCGGAUGCUACAUGGAAAAACAAGAGGUAGGAGACCUCAUGUUGAAGCUUUGAAAAUCAAGUUUCUCAAGAAGUACAUACAUUAUGCAAAGCACAGGAUCCAGCCAGAUCUUACAGAUGAGGCAUCCGAGCACAUUGCAACUGCUUAUGCAGAGCUCAGAAACACCGCCGGCACUACAAGGACUGGAGGAACGCUUCCAAUAACUGCGAGAACUCUGGAGACUAUUAUCAGGCUUUCUACAGCACAUGCCAAGCUUAAAUUGAGCAAACAGGUUCUGAAAUCUGAUGUAGAAGCUGCCUUGAGAGUUCUCAAUUUUGCCAUAUACCAUCAAGAGUUGACUGACAUGGAAGAGCGUGAGCAACAGCUUGAGAAGGAGCUAGAAAAAAAGCGCAAAGCUGAUCAUGAUGGAGAUGCCAAUGGUGACAGAAGAACUGCAGCAAGGGCUGCUGCAGCUGACGCUGAAACUGAAGCAAUGGACGUAGAUGAACCUCCAAUGGGACAAACCCUAUCAUCUGAAAGGGUUGCUGCAUUCAAAUCUGCAUUUGAGCGCCAUCGGCACGAACAGCGGUUUGACCAAAUAACUAUAGCAGAAAUUGAGCAGUUUGUUAACACCAGGGCAGCAGUAUCUUACCAAAGGGCUGAGAUAAUGCUUAUCCUAGAGAGCUGGCGGGAUGAUGGAGGAAUAAUGCUUGCUAAUGAUGUUGUUUAUCCUACAUAUUAAAGAGAGCUGGCUGAUGUUAAUUCUGGAAGGUUUUAUUUUCUCAAGUGUUUAAACUUUUUAAUUGCACCUUAUGUGAAAUUAACAUCUAGUUUCUGUUACUAUUUAGAUAGUUAAUAUGCAACCCUUCUUAUCAAUGGUUAUGGUAUUAUUUUUUUA